GGCGCGCGAAGCCGGAGCGGCGGCGGGCGGCGGGCGGCGGCGGCCAGGGGAAAUGGCGGCCGCGGUGCUGGCGGCGCCGGAGGGCGGCUCUGCCGUGAUGCCAGCGGGGAACGCGGCGGCUUGUUCUCCGCCACCCGGCCCUUCAGGCCCGGGUUCGUGGAGCCGCUCCCUAGAUCGAGCCUUAGAAGAAGCGGCGGCCAGCGGUACCCUCAGCUUGAGCGGCAGGAAGCUCCGGGACUACCCGCGGGCCAGCGCCGCCAACCACGACCUCAGCGACACCACCCAGGCCGAUUUGUCACGGAACAGACUGUCAGAGCUUCCAGCAGAAGCAUGUCACUUCGUCUCCCUCGAGAGUCUUAAUUUGUACCAGAACUGCAUUCGGUAUAUCCCAGAGGCUGUUUUGAACUUGCAGUCUUUAACAUUUCUAAAUAUCAGUCGAAAUCAGCUUUCAACAUUGCCAGUACACCUCUGUAGUCUACCACUAAAAGUCUUGAUAGCAAGUAAUAAUAAGUUGGUUUCAAUACCUGAAGAAAUUGGACAGCUCAGACAGCUGACAGAGCUUGAUGUGAGUUGUAAUGAAAUACAGACAAUACCUCCACAGAUUGGCAAUCUGGAAUCCUUGCGGGACCUAAAUGUCAGAAGAAAUAAUUUGGUGCGUUUACCUGAAGAGCUUGCUGAGUUGCCUUUGAUUCGCUUAGAUUUCUCCUGCAAUAAAAUAACAACAAUACCAGUUUGCUACAGGAACCUCAGACAUCUGCAGACCAUCAUGUUAGAGAACAACCCUCUCCAGUCACCCCCUGCACAGAUAUGUAUAAAAGGAAAAAUUCACAUAUUUAAAUACCUGAACAUAGAGGCAUGCAAGAUAGCUCCGGACUUGCCUGAUUAUGAUAGGAGACCCAUGGGAUUUGGAUCUUGCCAUGAGGAACUCUAUUCCGGUCGUCCGUAUGGAGCACUUGAUUCUGGCUUCAAUAGUGUGGACAGCGGAGACAAAAGAUGGUCAGGGAAUGAACCAACAGAUGAGUUCUCAGAUCUCCCUUUACGUGUGGCCGAGAUCACUAAAGAACAGAGACUGCGAAGAGAAAGUCAGUAUCAAGAAAAUCGAGGGAACACAGUCGUAACUAAUGGUGGAGUGGAACAUGAUCUCGAUCAGAUCGACUAUAUUGAUAGCUGUGCCACAGAAGAGGAGGAGGAGGAGGUGAGGCAACCCAAGUGCAUGGACUCAGACAGCCUCAGCUUACAAUUCAUGGCAUAUAUUGACCAGCGGCGAAUCUCUAAUGAGGGCUCACAGGUAAAGCCUGCAUCCCUCAGAGAAUUUCAGAGAACAGAGGAUACAAGACGAUAUUUACAUCAGAACAGGGAUACUGAUGAAUUACGAAGACCUGAAACUCUAAAUUUGGUGCAGGACAGAGAGCAUCACCAAGUACUAAGGAGUUGUAUGGACAGGACAGAGAGACCCCCAGCUGAUUCACCUUACUUUCUCUCUCUAUCAAGUCACCACAGUCAGGUGCCUAAUACAGAUCCCGAGCUCCACCGCAGGCACAUAGAGCGUACCCGUCGGGAGGCCCAGCUAGCAGCACUUCAGUAUGAGGAGGAGAGAAUGAGAACAAAACAAAUUCAGAGAGAAGCUGUCCUUGACUUUGUUAAGCAAAAAGCAUCCUUAAGUCCUCAGAAACACAGUCCUCUGGAUAGUGAGUGUCCCUUUCCAUCCCGAAGGUCUCAGCAUACUGAUGAUAGUGCCUUGUUAGUGAGCGAUGACAGAUCUACCAUCUCCCCCGGCUCACCUACCACUCAGACAGUCCACCUUUCCCCUCCAUAUCCUGGCCAUGCAGCCCCGCCUUCUUAUAGAAACCCUUCCCAGCGACCUGAGAGUUUCCUUUUCCGAGCAGCUGUCAGGGAUGAAGCAAACAAAGUCAUUACUUCAUCUUCUGCCCGUGCCUUGUCUCCUGCUAACGAUUCUGCAGACCCUAGAGUACGACAAAACUCCAAACAGCGAGAGGAAGAGCUGGAGCUAAUAGAGCAGCUACGUAAGAAUAUAGAAUCACGGUUGAAAGUGUCAUUGCCCAGUGAUCUUGGAGCAGCUCUCACUGAUGGUGUUGUUCUGUGCCAUUUAGCUAAUCACGUGCGCCCCCGAUCUGUUCCCAGCAUUCAUGUCCCCUCACCUGCUGUUCCUAAACUUACAAUGGCAAAAUGCAGACGAAAUGUGGAGAAUUUCUUGGAAGCUUGCAGGAGGAUUGGAGUGCCUCAGGAGCAAUUAUGUUUGCCUCUACAUAUUUUAGAAGAGAAGGGUUUGACACAGGUAGCUGUGACUGUCCAGGCGCUCCUGGAGCUGGCACCCCCAAAGCAGCAGCAACUUCACCACUUGUCUGCUGUGUAAAGACCUCCAGGACCUUUUGGGUUACCUUGGCUAAGCAGAAGGACGCGAAGACUUUACUGCCCGUGCAGUGCAUCCAAACACACAGAGCUCUGUUCUAAGGAAAUGAGUUUCCGUGAUUCCUGACAGGAAUGUUUUACUUCAUUUCUCCAUUUUUUUGGAGAUCGCAAGAGUUUCCAGUAACAUUUUUAUUACCAAUAUUUUUGCCCCAUAUUUAAAAUGAGAGUUCACUGGGAGGAGGGCAGGGGAUUCCAGUGGCUGGCUGUUGGAGCCAGCUGUAGAAACUGACCUUGUAGACUGAAGACGUGGGUGUAGAAUUUGGAAAGCAAUUCCUGGGGGAAUUGAUUUGGGGAAAGAAGAAAAAAAAAAAAAAAAGGAUAUUGCUGCAGUGGGCACAUGGGGAAUUAAAUUUCUUUCUUCUCCCACCCAGGGUUCAAAGGAAGGGAGUUUCUUUGCCUCCAAAGAACAACAGCUGUUUCUGUUACAUAUUUUUAAAAAUGCAACACAAUCUUAACCUGCGGAGUUUGAUAACAGAGUUGAACCUCGUGCAGCUGUAACUUGUGUUGGCAUGUCCUCAUUACUUAAAAUUUUAAAGUGGGGAGGGGGGAAGCUAAUGAUUUUUUUUUUCCCAAGGGAAAAAAUAGUACAUAUUUUCUCUGCAGGAAACCCCUUAGUAAAAGAUACUAAAUCGGAACUGUUCAAAUUGUACUAAUCGCAUCAGCAUUCUUACUGGAUUCACUUUCUGUUUGGGUUUUAACAUGUCUUUGUCUGAACACUUUUCCAACAUCAGUGGAGGGAGAUCUCCUGUGUCCUCUCACCUCCCCUUCUGGUCACGGAGGGAUGUGUUUGGCUGCUCAGUGGUUUUAUCAAAUGAUGCCUAGGUGUCGUCAAAAGUCAUGGAUGUAUUUUCACUGCAGUGCGAAGAAUUACAGCUUGCCAUGCUAAUCAUUGGACACCCGUUAUCAAAUAAUACGUUUAUUAGAAGUUGAAGCAUCCCGUGCAGACAUACCAACACUGAUGAAUGUCCCAGCAACUGAGAAAUUUACCGUUUUAAGAACACGGUUACUGAAUUUCCAGAGGUGGGCUGCAUAUUGUUAAAGGAGCAAUCUCUUGCAAAAGGUAGCUUCUAUUUCUGGGUUUGACAGGGCUUUAAAUGAGGCCUUUUAUUGUUGGAGCUUAUGUAGAGAGAUGCACUGGUUUUACAGAACUACCAUUACUUCCUCCUUCUUUCCUUAACGUAAAAAUGGAAAUUCAAUAUACAGGAAUGGGAGAGGCAGCUGAGAAGUUUUACAUUUUGUUGGAAAGUUCAUCUGCAGAACAGAGUCUAGCUCUGUGUGCUCUGGUCCUAGUGACGAGGCCAAGCUCACUACCAGAUCAGUUACAGUAUUUAUUUUUGCCAAAAGAGAGACCUUGCAAAAUCCAGUUCUCCACCCAUGCAGUUCCUUUGUUAGGUUUUGGACAAUUUAACGCAUCCCAGAACGUUCUGCUACUAAUACAUGGUGCACGGGGUCUGAAACCAACUUCCAGCAUCAGAGGUGUUCCAUCUGGGGAUACUUUUAAAGCAGAAUAUGCCAGGAGGAUUUCAUGGGGAUAAAGGGGGAAGAAAUGGGCACAGGCUAGCUAAAAGUCAUUUUUGCGGAGGUAAAUGUGCUGUGGGAACACUGGCAAGGACUGGUCAAAGCUGGAUUUUUCCCCUUUUGAUUUGCAGUUUAGUUUCUGCUCUAUUUUCAUGUGUUUCUUCCAAGGUCCAUUGUGGUGACUGUUGAAUCCCUUGUUUCACAUAAUUAUUCCAGUUGUUUCUUACUGGCAUUGCUUGAUCACGUUGCAAGUGGAGAACACCUGAACUGAAGGGUGUUUGAAAACAGCACAGCUGAAAAGAGAAACCUUUUCACACUGGGUGAGCCCCAUGCCCUGAGCACCCUGCAAGAAACGAAAAUGCCAGUAACUGGCAAUACACAUAGGAGGAGAGAGCAGUUCCAUACAGACGUACCUUCCUCCUUAAGUAGGUCUUGAAUUUCACUUGCAAGGAGUGUUAGUUAGUCUUAAAGUGUUACAUAAAAGCAUCUGAAGUCUCUGCUGUGGAAGAUUCUGCCACUCGCAAGCAAACAGUACAGACCACAGAUGAUCCUUGUGCGCUCGGCUCUGCACACGGUUUGAAAGAGGGGGGCGCCGAGUUCGUCUUGAGGUUCCGACGUUAGGUCACUGUGUUGUUACAAGGGCGUGUUGCUUUGCAGUCGCACACCGUUCGUGGACUAUUGAAAUAUUCCUGUUUUGAGAAAACUGUUCCCUUCAUGGAAUUGUGGGGGGAGGGGGCAGUGUUUGCUCCAGUCCGGCUUCCAGCGCUUAGGGAAAAUGAAAUUUAACAGUAUUCAGGUUGGUGGAAGUCUGACAUUUCAUGAGUACUAGUGUUUAGGAAUUGAUGGGGUGGGGGGUUGAGUUUGAACUGCAAGAACCGGCCGUUUCCCAUUGUGCCUGGUUAACGCAGCUACUGGGCUGCGCCAGCACCGUGUGCGCAGAGCUGGGCGCGCGGGAAGGGCGGUGGCUGGUGCGUCCCCAGCAUCACUCACCUUGUUCUGAGCAGUGGUUCACUCUGGCAGUUUCGAUGUGUGUGAUGAUGUUAGUUUGACGUUUAUAAUCCUGUUUUCACACUGGCAAAUGCUAAAUUUUGACCAGAUGUUCAGGACAAAAAUCCAAACUUGAAGUUUCAUCGUACAGUUUAUUUAAUGUAUGAUACCAAAACCAAGUGUGGUUAUCUUUUGCAAAAAAUUGGUUGGGAUUUUUCGGUGUAUUUAUGUGCAAUUUUUGUUGAAUCCCAUGAAAAAGAGUAUUUUAAAGAAAACGUGUAUAAAAUUCUAUUUUGUGUGUUAAAGCAAAGAGGCAAUUGUCUUUCCUCUGGGGCAUUUGUGUUGGAGGAUGUGGGAGGAAUCUAUCUGAGUGUUCUGUGUGUGCUGGUGUUUACACACCGACUCCGUUGUGUCGCCAUCCUUCCUCAAACCAUGUCCAGCACGGAGCUGCGGUUGAGGCUCAGCAGUCACACACUUGAGAUCGAGUGGCACAGGCACUCGGGUGUCCAGCGUUUGGGUCUUCCCCCUCCUGGAGGGGGGGGCUGUCCCAGGGCCCUGACCUCGGUGCCCUGCGUAAAAUACAUCAGAGAGAACUUCUUACAGCGCCGAGAACAUUCCUGUUGUUCUUGGUCGUGACACGAUGGCAAAUGGUAUUUUUAUCCUUUUACAACUGUAAACAGUUCUUUCAAAAAACAUUUUAGGAACAGAGGACUUUUAAAGUGAAUUGGGACAUCUAAAAAAUUCUUUUGUAUAGAUAUUGUGAUGUUUUACAAAGCGAUCUAAUUUUGUUAUUUCUGAAAACAGUGUAAACGUGUAAUUAAUAGAGUAAAGGAUUUUAAAGCUUCAUCCCAUGCUGUAUGUCUGUAAAUACAUUCCAUAAUUUCUAAGUCUGUUACAUAUAAAUGUGUCUGAAUAUUGUAUACUUUAUUUUAAAUUGCCUGUAUUCUGCCAGUAGUGUGAACUUCUAGCACAUCGAUAAUAUGAGAGGAAACCAUGGGUAAUUUGAAAUAAAGUUUUAAAACUUAGAUGAAA